AUGGGGGACUUCGCCUCCCCCGCUGUCGGACCCAACGGCAGUAUCUGCAUCAACAACAGCAUGAACCCGGCCAGCGGCAGCGUGGUGCCCGCCGGAGCGGUGGGCAUACCUAAGCACAGCACGGUAGUGGAGAGGCUGAGGCAGCGGAUAGAGGGCUGCCGGAGACACCACACCAUUUGCGAGAACAGGUACCAGCAAGCGCACUCCGAGCAGCUGGAGCUGGAGCGCAGGGACACCGUCAACCUGUACCAGCGGUCCCUGGAGCAGAGGGCCAAGAAGUCGGUCGGCGGUGGCGGCAGUAAGCAGCCCCAAAUCAAGCAGCAGCAGCAGCAGGACCCGGACUCGGCGUCCUCCGCGGAGCAGAGGAACAACACGCUCAUAGCGCUCCAGGAGACAGUGAAAAGAAAACUGGACAGCGCACGAUCACCGCUGAACGGUGACCAGAACGGCAUCUGUGAUGGCGGCAGCUACUCGCCAACGGGAAAACGGGUCCUAAAGGACAUCCCCGGCGGUUUAGACUCUCUAACGGGUCUUCCCAAGAACAAUAAUAAUAAUGUGCCACCCAUUUCUCCUCUGCAUCAUCAAAUGGACAUUAAGCCUAUACUGACUGGGCCAAACACGUCUACCGGCAACACUACAAACGGCAACGGCACCCAUAUGGGCAGGGCGUCCGACGAUCUGGGGAAGAACGGCAGCAGCCACCUGCAGGACAUGAAGCUGAACAGCUCCCUGGACUUGGAGGACAGUUUCAGCCUCCUCAAGGACCUGAAACAAGAGCCUCUGGACGAUGGGGCAGGAAUGGAGACCAACGAACCGCAGUCCCUAUCUAACCAGAACAAACUAUUCUCUGACAUCAACCUCAACGACCAGGAGUGGCAGGAGCUGAUUGAUGAGCUGGCCAACACCGUUCCAGAGGAUGACAUGCACGACCUCUUCAAUGAAGACUUCGAGGAGAAGAAAGAGGCGGAGUUUGGCAGGCCAGCAAACAGUCAGGCCGAAGCCCCGCAUGAAGCUGCUGGGAGUACAACACCUGGUGUCGGGGCGGCGUCAACGGGAUCCUUGCCUCCUCCUCCGCAGGGGGUCCCACAGGUUCCCAUUGGUUCACCACAGGUGCGACCGUCGUCAUCGGGGCCCCAGUUUGCGACCACCGCCAAUGGAACCCCUCCCCAGCAACCCCUGCAGCAGUCUCCAGCUGUUGCUAUGCCGUCAGGUUCACCGUUGCACAACUGCGUAGCUCGCUCACCUCAGACUCCAACCCAAGCUCAGACUCAAGCAGUCUCUAGGCCUGGGAAUGGUUACAUGAUGAACCCAGGCCCAGUUAAUCAGAUGGGGUCAGCAGGGGGCCCAGGAGGGGGUGGUCCAGGUGGGAGUGGCCCAGGUGGGACUGGCCCUGGAGGUCAGCCUGUGGGCCCGGUCACACCUGAACUGUCUCCAGCAGAGCAGCUAAAAGCAAUAGCCCAGCAUCAUGCUCACCACAGCAAGAUGAUGCAGCAUAAGCAGCAGAAACAAGCAGCUAACUGGUCACCAGUGGGUGCUCCAACCAGUCCCUACAAUUCUGGUCCCUUUAAUCAAGACAAGCCCAACAGCCCCAUGAUGUAUCCAUCACAAGUCUUUAACACACCACAAGGCCCUCUGGUGGCUGGGAUGGCUUCGAACAAUGGGCCGAAAGCCCCCAUGAACAACUACCUCCCUCACAACCCCAUGGGCAUGAUGGGACAGCAGCAGCCAAACAGCAUAAACCAGAACGCUCUGUCCAAACAACAGACACAACAGCAGCAGCAAACAGCCGCCAUGCUGUCCUACAACAACACAAAACCGCUCAGUCACUUCAGCGGCAGCGGCGUGGACCACAUGGGUCAGAGGAUGACUCCGCCCAUGGCAGGGAACAGUCAAGUCAAGAACCCCAUGAUGCCGCCCUACAUGGGAGGUGCCGGAGGAGGUGGUCAGGGACCUGGGCAGACGCAGGGGCCGAUCCCCGGACAGACAGCCCACCUGGGGGAGGAGCACAAGAGGAUCCUGAUGAUGAAGCAGAAGGUGUUGAACCAGAACAUGCCCUACAGCACCAUGCAGCCUCAUGGCCAGGAGCAAGGCGUGGUGGGAAUGUCCCGGCCACCCGGUGCAAUACCCCCUCCUCACCCAGCUGGGGGCGUUGCCUCUGGCGUGGGCCCCAGCCAAGGGUCAGGUCCACCUCCAGUCUACCCCAGCAACCAGCAGGCGGCCAUGAUGAAACAGAUGAUGGUGAUGGAAGAGAAGAGAAUGCAGAUACAAAUGAUGGAGCAACAAAAGAUCCAGAGGCAGCAUCUUCUGGUCGAACAGCUCCAGCAGCAGCAGCAUCUCCCCAGGCAGAUGGGCCAGGGCCAGAGGAAUCCAUACCCCCAAGUCAAUCAGUACCAAGGUCCUCCACAAGAUCUGGCAUCCAGAAGCCAAUCACUCCAAAAUAUGCGGUCCUCUCGACUCCUCCAGCAGCAGCACAACCAGCAGCAGAUGGUCCAGAUGAAUUCUGUUCAGGGUCAAGGUGGCCCAGUGGGACCUCAAGCCGACAUGGGACUAUCCUAUGGCACCCAGGGGUCCAACCAGGGUGCCUUAUAUGGCCUCAACCCUUCGAUGAGCCAAAUAAUCCACCAGCAGCAGCACCAGAACCAAAGCGUCCAAGCCUCCAUGGGUCUUCCACCGCAGCACAACUCUGCCGGAGGGCCUCCUCGGCAGGCAGGUGCAGGUCCUGGACUCGGAGGUAUGCCCGGGGGCCCUGGGAGCAGCGGGGCUGGAGCUUAUGGAGGGCAAGGGAUGUUAAUGAACUCCAUAACUCAGCAGCCCCUCAAAGGCCCUGCCAAAGCCCAGUCUCAGAGACUGCAAAGCAUGCUAGGAGGUGGAGGAGGUGGAGCUGGGAUGGCGGCUGGUGGCUGGCCGCAGCAGCAAGGACAAGGUCUGCAGGCCAUGGGGGGAGGAGUCGGAAGGACUACAGGAGGAGCAGGAGGAGAUAUGGUGGGGUUCACCUCCUCCCAGGGUUAUGGUAUGCAGCCGGGUCAACCUCCACGUAUGACCAAGCAACACUUUCCAGGUUCUGGGCAGGCUGGCCAGGGAAUGGACCCCAGAGUGGGCAACCCGGCUGCAAGUAUGGGCAGCCCAAUGAUGCGGCCUCAUAUGGGUAAUCAGCCGAGGACCAAUCAGCCCCGACCCAUGGUCAUGAACCAGGGGAUUAGCCAAGGGAUGAUGGCUCAGGGGAUGUCUGGGAUGGGGGCUUUUGGGCCAGGUCCAGGAGGCCCAGGAAUAGGGGGAGGAGGAGGUGGACCCUAUGGACCAGGAGGAGUUGCAGUUGGGGGUCAGCCACAGGGCUACCAAAGGACAGCCAAUCAGGACAUGUCAUCCUAUGGGUACGGGGGCGGGCCCUCAGGAGGGGGAGCCUUUGGUUUGGGUGACGGAUCGGGGGCGGAGCUGGACUCGGGCGACGGGUGGAUGGACGAGCUUUUCCAGAACCAAUAGCCAAUGGGGAACAUUUUUAGAAUGAACUCAACUUUGGGACAUAACCUGAGAAAGUCCAACAGAAAGGAUGACAUGACAUAGAUUGGCAUGUUUUGUUUUGUAAAACAUGAGAGAGAUUAUAAAUAAGUUCUGGUAUUAUGUUUUCUGUGUGUGUGCGUGUGGGGGUGUGUGUGCGUGUGUUUGAAAUGGAAGGAGCUCUCACAUGUCUUGUGCAUAAUAUUGAAAAACAAUAUAAGAAUUAGGAGGUGUGUUUUGUUAGUUUCACUCUUUUCUCCCCUGGAGUAAAUUUUCCUUACGUUCUAGUGUUUAAAAGCGAUUCCCGUUUACACCGCUUAACUUUGAACCCAAGCUUUUCUCAAACCGCAAGGCUGAUGAAGAGGAAGACUAUAUCAUUCUCAAGACGACAAUUUAUUUGUGUGACACCCUGCUCAGUGCUUCAGAUCUCUCAACUUUAUCCUCUUAAUGCUCCCAUUUCCACUCUCAGCUCUGUUCCCUCCACAUAUAUACAUACCCUCUCACCCAAAUCUCUACCCCCACUCUCCCUCCAGAGACUCGUUCAUCACUCGCAGCACUCUUUUCUCUGUUUAUAUUGGGCACAUAACAACAGGACAAAUGAUGUUCUGUUAUUGUGCAACACAAGCACAGCCUAGCUUGCGCCUUUUGCUAAGCAACCCACCCAUAAUUUCUCCUCUCUUUUUUUUGAGGGAGUUUGUUUCAUUUCCUGCAUUGUGUAGCACUGUAUGAUGGUUUUGAAUGAAGAGAACAAAGUGAAGGACAGGAGUGGGAUAGGACAGACAACUACAGCACAGCAUACACAGUGACAACAAACUAAGAAGCUAACAUGUGGACCAGUCUGUGGGACACAAGCCGCAUCCCAUACAUCAGCCAAAAAUGAUCACUGGGCACUGAAUGUACUCAAACACCACAAGUGACUUUAUUUUGUUUUGAGGGGAAUUCUUAGAGAAGCUCACCUGCAGUGCCUUGCAAAACUCCUUCAACUUUUUCAUAUUUUUGUCAUGUUACAGUCCCAAACUUUAAUGUUUUUUUUACCUGGAUUUUAUAUUAUUAACCAACUUAAGGUGAGGCAAAUUUGGGGAAAUGGAAGGAAAAGUAGACUGGGUUUUCAAAAUUGUUCACAAAUAAAUGUAAUGUAUGGCAGGAAUUACAUCAGAGGGAUGGUGUUUGUAAAAAGUCUUGCCACAGAUUCCAAAUUGGAUUUAAGUGUGAAUUUAAAUGUCUAAUCUAAACUACUACACUGUGUCUCUAUAAUGUGGUAGUGAAUACAAAUAGAAGACAGACCAUUCAAUAUUUUUUUUUAUUUUGUGAAAUUAAAAACCAUGCAUCAUUUUUCUUCCAAUUACAGUUAUGUGCAUCGCUGUGCUGUUUUAUCAUCACAUAAAAUCCCAAUAAAAUAGUCUAAAGUUUGUGCCUAUAAUGUGAAAGAAAUGUAAAAAAAAUAAAUAAAUUGAGGAGUACGAAUACCUUUGCAAGGCAGUGUAGUUUAUUCCUGCUUUUUCUCUAACAUCAUCGCAGGCUCCGUCCUUAGCCUACAGUAUGUCUGUCCAUCCUCCUGUCUCAGUACAGCCUUCCCAUCAGCCCUGCUUUACACCACAGCUUCUCAGCUGCAAACUGUGCUGCACUAUUAGGAAAAAACACAAGCAUCCCCGUUUUAGUUCACAAACCACCGCUCAGAAAUUUUGAUUUUGGCCUUACAGGCCAACAAUAUUUACCUAUAAAGGCUCUCAGUGGUUCCACUUCCCUGUCGGAAACUGUUGGCUUUACGUCAGCUGCUCAUGCUUUUAUUCACCAUCACCUUCAUCAGACUGCCUCAUCUUGAGUCCUGAAAUGUAAACAGAAAGCUAUAACAUAGGUUUUAUUGCUGUGGUUCUUGUCAACAUGUUGCAUCUCUAAAUGUUUUGUAUUAUUCGGUGAAAGACAAGAGUGUCUGUUUUUAGGACAAUGAUGUAA